CUGGAGUCAAAUUCAAGAAACGACUUGAAAGCAGCGCAAUAUUAAAUAACUGGGCACAUACUUCAUAAGCAUGUACUUAGAGUACUGAGACAAUUACCUGGGUAGUCAAAGCGGACAUCUGCGUCUGAGUAUCCGUAACCUUGCAGCCCGGCGCAUUGGUCAAAAUGAGGAUCCUCGAAGCCCAGAAUGCCGUGUUGACCAAUGUCGAAGUGUACAAGUUUCUCUCCGACCAAGCUGAACAAUACAAGGCACAGAAACGCCGUGGUCCCAGCAAUCUAGAGACACUGCGAGGAGAGGUGCUCAAGUACUUUGAGACAUUCCCUGGCCCUCUAAGCCAGAAACCCCUCCCAUUUGAUGUCGCUGCUAUCCCUGAGUUGCUCAAAAGGUUGAAGCCUUAUAACAUCAGCAAGGGCGAAUGCAUCAUGAUUUUGAAUCUGCGACCUACCGGUACUGUCGUGCUCAAUGCCGUGCUAGAAGAUAUGGAGGGACGAUUCACCGAUGAGCAGCAGGAAGAGAUCGUCAAUAUUAUCCUCGAGGUUCUAGGCGACUUUCCGCCUGCUGAAGAAGGUGAUGAAGAAGCUAUGGAAACCACGUAGUGUGGCCAGUGAUCGUCUUCUGAAGCACGGAACUACUACAUCGAUUGUGAAGAUGGAAGGAUG